AUUAACUGAUACAGAGUGAUCAAGAAACAGAGUAUGGUUUGGUCUAGAUCAAAUUUAUUAUGGGCCUUCUAAGCCCAAAUUGUCAGCUAUUAUUAAUUUAUUCACUUUAUUAGAAAAAGUGCAUUUAAUAACUAAUGAUUUUUUUUUUCCCAAAGCGUUUUUCUUUUUCUUUUUCCCUCCGUUAAUUAAUUCCAAAACGUCAUCAUAGCUUUCCUUACUAAAACCCUACGUUACUCCGGCCGCCGCGUCCGUUCCCCGUUGAUAAUUCCCCGAUAUUAGGAGCUGAUUAAGGCUAAGCUUAUUUUAUUUCGCUGUCGGUCUCUCAACCAGCGUUACAUCUCGACCAGCCAGACUCUGCAUCAUUUGACUGCUCUACUCCAAUCAAUUGCUCUUUUGUGCAGGCUUUGAAACUCAUCGCAUCACUUUGUGUGUCAGGUUCUAGAAGUUGUAACUCAGUACCUCCCAUCAACGAACUUAGCAUCCUCCCAGAAUGGCUAUCCCAUCAUCACUUACUUCAGCCACACUUUGCGGUGCCUCAGUGUUUCCUAAAGCAGCAUUAGCCUGCAGCUCUGAGUUCCCAAGCAAUCUCUCUAGUCCUUUUGAAAGCUCAAAGAUUUGUUUGACUUCAUUUCCUCCUGCCUCUAAGAAAAAUGCUACUUGGAAUCUGACCCGAAAUGUUGCUCCAAUCCAAGGAAUUAGGUGUCAUGCUAUGCAAGUUGAGACAAGGGAAUGUUUUACGGCUGGGAAGAAAUUUCAACUUAGUGAUGUGAUUGAAGGGCAACAGUUUGAUAGGGAGAUGCUAAGCGCUAUAUUUGAUGUUGCUCGCGAAAUGGAAAAGAUUGAAAAAAGCUCUACUCAAAGUGAAAUACUCAAGGGUUACUUAAUGGCUACUCUCUUCUAUGAGCCUUCUACCCGUACCAGGCUCUCUUUUGAAUCUGCCAUGAAACGCCUUGGAGGUGAAGUCUUAACUACUGAGAAUGCCAGAGAGUUUUCGUCUGCAGCUAAAGGGGAAACACUUGAAGACACUAUAAGAACAGUGGAGGGCUAUACAGAUAUAAUCGUGAUGCGGCAUUUUGAAAGUGGUGCUGCUAGAAAAGCUGCAGCUACUGCCAAUAUACCUGUCAUUAAUGCAGGUGAUGGUCCUGGAGAGCAUCCUACUCAGGCUCUCUUGGACGUUUAUACCAUUCAAAGUGAAAUUGGAAAACUAGAUGGCAUCAGUGUAGCCUUAGUUGGAGAUCUUGCCAAUGGGAGGACUGUCAGGUCGCUUGCAUACUUGCUUGCCAAGUUUAAAGACGUGAAGAUCUACUUUGUUUCCCCUGAAAUUGUUAAGAUGAAGGAUGAUAUAAAAGAAUAUUUGACAUCGAACGGGGUUGAAUGGGAAGAAAGUUCUAAUUUAAUGGAAGUAGCAUCCAAGUGUGAUGUAGUUUACCAAACCCGAAUCCAAAGAGAGCGGUUUGGAGAAAGGCUUGACCUUUACGAAGCAGCUCGUGGGAAGUAUAUAGUAGACAAGGAUCUCUUAGGAGUGAUGCAGAAAAAAUCUAUUAUCAUGCAUCCCUUACCGAGAUUGGAUGAAAUCACUGCAGAUGUUGACGCUGAUCCAAGAGCUGCCUACUUCAGACAAGCAAAGAACGGCUUGUUCAUUAGAAUGGCACUUCUGAAGCUACUGCUUAUCGGUUGGUGAGGGAUGGUCGUCUAGGAGGUAGAAAUCCCGUUAAUGAAGGAUGGUCUGGAAUCUCAAGCCUGUGACAGAGGAGAGACAGUGGCAUCAGCUCGCAAUAAUAAAAUUCCGAAACACAGUGAUCUUUGUGUGUCUGUUCUUGAUGUUACUCAAAAAGAAUAGUAAAAAAAAAAGCUGUUGGUUUGUUUGGUCAAAAGACUGAUUUGAAGAGGAAGAGUUGUUGAACUUUAAUGAAUAAUUUGAUUUUGAGCUAAUAUUUUUCA